AUGGCGCGCUACCACCGCGCAAAAGAGCCCCUGGUCGGGCAAAAACGGGCAGAUUAUGGAAACGGGCUAGAUCCCGUGAAGAAGGGUCAGAGAGCGACCGGAGUGAGGGGGAUGAGUCUGAGGAGAUGGACUAUGCCUCUUAUGACAAGGCCGGCUCGGAGGAGGGAGCUCCCCCUGCCGUAGCAACCCGUACUGGGGGUGCUGCCCCAGGUGUUACUGCUCAGGGAACGGGCGGUGGCGCAGUGCUUCUGGAUCCCCAGGGUAACCCCCUGUUUGACCCGGAUGACCUGCGUCAUCCUCGCUCGGCUGAGUGGGAGCCACCCGAACACAUUGCCCGUUACAUCGCGCACAGGAUGCGCACACCAUUGUCUAAAGAAGAGCGUAGUAAAUUGCCGGCAGAAUGCCCUCGCCCUUCAGUGCCAAGAUCGGCAUGCAAGACGCCCGAGGUCGAUCCACAGAUCGCACAGUUUUUAAAUAAGUCAGGUUGGAAACCGAAGAAAGGACUAGAUUUUUCCCUAAAGAGUUGCCAAGAUAAAAUCAUGGACACGCUCGGCCCAUUAUCUAAGGCCUACGAGCUGUUAGAGUCCACAAAAUCGGGCGAGGCUGAACUCGACCUGGACGUAGCAAUUGGCUGGAUACAGCGGGCCAUCUGUUUAAUCGGCAACGCCAAUAUGGCAGUUUCAGCCGAGCGCAGGAAAGCUAUCCUGCUUAAGAUAGACCUGAAGUUGGCUACCAUGGCCAUAUCAGAACCGGGACCCUCGGCUGAGGGUAUGUUGUUUGGCGAUAACUUCGUCAAGGACCUGGGUUCUUAUGUGAAGACAGGGGCGGACUGA